AUGUCAUUCCUUAGAAUAUUUUCUUUCCUUUUUUCUUUUUUAAAUAAGAUUUGUCAUUUUAUUUUAUUUUUAAUAAGUUUUCCUUUCGCUUUCAUUAAAAAAGUCUUAAUUUUCUUUCUUUUGAUUAAUCGUAAUUAUUUCCUACUUUAUUUUUCUUUAUUUCUCGAAAAUUCUUUCUUUCUUUCUUUCUUUCUUUCUUUCUUUCUUUCUUUCUUUGCAUUCCAUUUGAUUUUUACGUCAUUAUCUAUCUAUCUAUCUAUCUAUCUAUCUAUCUAUCUAUCUAUAUAUGUCAGUCUGAAAAUACCUUUUAUUUUCUUUCUUAUUUUUGAAAAAAAAAAACUCUUUCUUUCUCAGGACAAGAAUGUAUUUGUAAAAUCCUGCAACCCGAACACACUUUUUCAGAUGCUUCUUUCAUUUUCUUCUCAUUCAUUUUCAUUCUACAACCUCUCUUUUCUCUUAUUACAGUCCAUUCCUCUAUCAAAAAGACGUAUAAACAAUAAUCAUCUUUUUCUCAUUCUCUCUUCCCCUGCUCUUUCGUUUUGCUCCAUCUAUCUGACUCUCUGUUACUCUCCUUCUCUCACUUUCUUUGUUUUUUUCUUCACGCAUUCUGAUCUGUCUCUCUCCCCUGUUUCGUCCUCUCUUUCUUUCUCACUUACUCUCAAUCUGCUUCUCUUAACUUCUCUCACUCUCUUCCUCCCUCCUCCCAGAUCACACGAUGGUCCGCCACCGCCUACCUUCAUUAUCUCACUCUGCCAUUUUCAUUUUCAGCCGACUGGUCUUCUUAGGACUUAUACUUUUUCUUUCUUUCUUUCUUUCUUUCUUUCUUUCUUUCUUUGCAUUCCUCUUAAUUUUUGGAAUGCCGAGCAAUAUCUAUCUAUCUAUCUAUCUAUCUAUCUAUCUAUCUAUCUAUCUAUCUUAGUCUGUUUCUUUCUUUCUUUCUUUCUUUCUUUCUUUCUUUCUUUCUAUCUCGGCCUGUUUUCAUCUAUCUAUCUAUCUAUCUAUCUAUCUAUCUAUCUAUCUAUCUAUCUAUCUCAGUGGGUUUCUUUCGUUCUAUCUAUCUAUCUAUCUAUCUAUCUAUCUCGUAAUAUCUGUAUUCAGGUAUAUCUCACCCCGUUCAUCUAUCUAUCUAUCUAUCUAUCUAUCUAUCUAUCUAUCUCACCCCGUUCAUAUGUCUACAUCUAUCUAUCUAUCUAUCUAUCUAUCUAUCUAUCUAUCUAUCUAUCUAUCUAUCCUGGGUAG